GGCGUGUCGAGUAAGGUACGUACCGGGGAGACUAUUCCCAAAAUGGAUAGUUGCAGCAACCUGCCUCACCAACCCUGGAAGGUACAGCCCAACUUAACCUCGCCAGCCUCGUCUCAAGUGCGAACGAGGUUUGAAAAUUCUUCCCGGUAUCACUCACGUUGGCAGCGUGUCCUCUCUUCAGUACCAUAAUUGUUUGUAGGUGUAUUGUAUUGUCCACUAUGUCGUUUGUGGGAUUCAGGGCCAACGGCGUCUUCCCAUCAUCGCCGGCCGAAACCGAGACGUCUAACAUCUCAGCUCAUUUGGUGGUUGAAAGUUGUCGUUCGGGAAAGAUAGUGUCUUUCCCCCCAAGAACUAAAUACACCAUCAUGGCUGGCCAACAACGAAGUGAUGGCCAAGGCAACAAUGCGUUUGACCUCAACAUCGCCGCGUCUGAGUUCUCGACCUCGUUGAUCAAGGAUAAGAUCCAACGGAUGUCUCACGAGCUUGAUGACGAUCUGGGGCGACACUAUGUUUUGCAGAUUCGCACCAUUCUCAGAGAGGUUGAUCGGAAGCGUAUCAAAUUUAACAACACCAAGCACCACCUACUCCAAAACCUCCGAGGCACCCUGUCAUCUUUGGGAGUCAGCAAUGAUUCCAUCGCGACUACUGUCUCGGAGAUCGACGCAAUGGCACCAAUUUGGUUGGCUGUCAUACCAAACGCAUCGUCUUUGGCUGUUCGGCCUCCAUCGCCGGCUGUUUCACCGCUCCAGGAGACUCCUGUGAGCUUUCAAGGCACCCCCCCUGGACUGAUUAUUGAACCAGGAAGACCUGCUGGUGCAGCCAAUUCAGAGUCUAGACCACAUAUACCUGCCGUCGAUGGAGAUUAUGCGGCUAGUGGAAAUCGUGGGUCUCCGAUUUUGGAAGUUAUGGACAAACUACGAAGUCCCAUGAAUCUGCAGUCUCCUGUAGACCAUUCCAAACGACCCCGAGAAGAAGAUGAGAACGACUCAGUAGCUAGGAAGAAGUCCAAGCAGGAUGGUUCGCAGGAACAACCCCAAAGAAUUUUUCCCACAGACUGGAGUCAAGAACGUACACUCAGCUUGGCAGACCUUGACCCAACCGAGUGUGUAUUCCGGCACUCUCAGCACGGCGGGUUCUUCGUCAUUCGUUGCGACUACCACGAGUGCAGUCUCGGGAUCGCCGACUCGCCUCCAUUUGAGAACAAGCGAGCAUUUCACCACUUCAAUUCAAAGCAUUUGAGAGAGUGUCAAUCUGAUUCUUACAUAUUCGUCAACUACGCUUACCAGGUCAACGCUAGUGAGGACGAAAUUGCUUCCCGGUACCAGGAUGGCAAGAUCCCAGAGUGCACCCCUAGCAAUGAGAUCUCAAAGCCGACACCGGUGAAGCAAGAGUCACCUAGAGUAAUGUGUAGUCAGCCCUUAAUGGAGCAGGAGAUCAUGUCUACUGAAACCCCAAGUAAGGGAGACGGUGUCACUGGUUUGGAGGAAAGUGACCAUGAGAAUCGCAACGCAGAAGAAGACUAUGAUGACGAGGACAACAAGUCGGAUGAUAAAGGGCCGCAUAGAAACCUCCGGCAGAAGCCCAGAACAUCCUACCUCGAUAUGAUCCGUGGCCACAAUCGGUUGAGCAUGUCAUACGGGACUCCUGAGGCUACUUCUGCGAGAGCAUCACCCCAGAAAGGAGGAUCUGCCGACCGGGGUAGUGACAAGGCUAAGGGAAAGGACUCCAAAGGCUCCCCUGCCGGAAUUUUCAGCGGAAAGUCGAAGACAUCGGGGGCUCGCAAGCCGUUUGGGUUCACGGGGGAGUGGCCUAGACGUUCCGCCCCAAGUUGAAUUCUACUUGCACGUUGAGCCGUGGAAUGAGUGGUAUAAGUCUCAUUAAACCCUUCUAAUUGCUAGUGGCUUCGUGGAAUAGAUAAUAUCGAAGAAAUAAAAGUAGACAAAGGAAACGGAACUGAACGAUGAUCUGAAUAUAUGGUGGACAUGAACCAUAGCGACGAGACCUAAUUUUUCCCCUUGCACGUAGUCAAACUUACUUUCAAUAAUACAGCUAUGUCU